CAGGACACCCUCAGCUUCUCUAGCAGAAGGACAACAAGACUCCCAAGAUGAAGGUGGUGUUCCUGACCCUCCUCUUUGGUCUGCUUUGUGGGGCCCAGGAAACUCCAGCUGAAAUAGACCCCUCAAAGGUCACAGGAGAGUGGCGCACCAUUUAUGUGGCCGCGGAUAACAAGGAGAAGAUUGUGGAAGGGGGCCCACUGAGGUGUUAUAAUCGUCAGAUUGAAUGCAAAAAUGACUGCGAAUACCUCUUCAUUUCAUUUUAUGUCAAAUUUGACGGCAGAUGCCAGUUUUUCUCGGAAGAGCUAAAGAGACAAGAAGGAGGUAUUUACAUCAUAGAAUUCGCAGGUACAAAUUAUUUGCAAAUCAUUCAUGUAACAGACAACAUGCUGGUAUUUUAUCUUGAAAACCAUGAUGGACAGAAGAUCACAAAAAUAACUGAAGGUUGCGCCAGAGGAACCAGUUUCACUCAAGAAGAACUUCAGAAGUAUCAGGAGCUGAACAGUGAAAGGGGGAUUCCAAAUGAAAAUAUUGACAAUGUCAUCGAAACAGACAACUGUCCUCCAUAAGAACAGAGAACAUCAGUUUGAUGCCACAGUGAGAUGCUCUGAGGACAGAGGAGGAGGCUGUGUGACGCCCCGAGCUGUGAGAUACGACCCCCGGUGAAUCCCACUGUGAAUGAACGGACCUUGCAGCCACAACACAUUCAUGAUGAUACACGAGACGACAGAAGAUGUUAAGCCGCACAGGUGACAGAGGAUAUAGUCUCCUCCAUCUCAGACCUCUGAUUGUGUAACGUAAUGACUCUCAGCCUAAGAGCUGAUUCGGGGCUGCUCACAUCUGCUUUCACCAGUUCUAUGCAAUCCCACAGGGCCACACUCACAGAGGGACUUCUGUGAACCUUGUAGGGAAAUUUCUGCAUUGGUUCCACCAUCCACUGCUUCUAUCUUCUCUUUCAUGCUAUGACCAACAUCAUAUCAA